UUUCAAUCAUAGGUUUAGAAUCUGGUUGAGGUUGAGGCUGAGGUUGGGACUGAGGAAGAGUAGGUUCAACAAUAGGGCCUAAAUGUGGAGAACUAAUAUAUUAUCAAAACUUAGUUAAUAAAUUUUUAUCCAAUCUCUAUAAAAUAUUUAAUCAUUAACUGUUAUUAACUAUUAUUUUAAUUACAUUAAUAAAAUUAAUUAAAACAGAUAGUUCUUAAAAACCUGGUAUUUCUACUACAGGAAUUUGUGGAAGAGGUGGCACAGUUGGAAACGGUGUUGAUGGGAUUGUUUCAUCUGGUUCAGUCUAUCAAUCGUCCUAAAUAAUUUGGAAAACACCGCAGAAAAAUGAUCAUUGAGACAUUUAAACACAUUAGCAUACUCAACAGGCAUGUAUUGGGUAUGCAGAAAACUAACAUACGUUGUUUUAGUCUUUCAAACAUUACAAAAGGCGUUUUCAAAUACUUUAAAUCUCAACCUCCAACGCCCCCAUACAACCAUGUUUGUCAGGCUGGCGACCCUGUCUUACGUUCAAAAGCGACACCAGUCGACCCGAAGGAACUACAGACGCCGGAGUUUGAAAAGCUACUUGAUCAACUAUACAAAGUGAUGCGAAAAUACAAAAUAGUCGGAAUAUCAGCGCCACAAAUCGGUGUUUCUUUACAAGUAUUCGCUAUCGAAGUAAUGAAGGAAAGUGUAAAACAACUCGAUCCGGCAUAUGUAGAAGUUUGCGAAAUGGAACCCGUUCCAUUAACGUAUUUUAUUAAUCCGACAAUGAAGAUAAUAAACCCAGAAAAAGUUACGCUUGUCGAGUCUUGCGGAAGUCUUAUUGGUUACCAAGCGGAAGUAGAAAGGGCGAGAGAAAUUGAGAUCAAAGCUUUAAAUCGAUUGGGAGAACCAUUUUGUUGGCGAGCUAAAGGAUGGACAGCUAGAAUUGCUCAACACGAAUUUGAUCAUCUAAAUGGUAUUCUUUAUGUAAAUAGAAUGAAUCCAUCAACAUUUGAUUUUUAUUAUUGGGAGGAAUUAAAUGCAAAGAAGGGAAAGGUCCAACUCAAAUAUGUAGGAUAAUUAUUAUAGCAUUUAUAACAGAUUUCGACAUAUUAUUGAUGGUCGAGUUCUUAACUGAUUUACUUGAUCUCUAUUACAACUUACCCGCACUUUAAAAAAUAAAUUUUUUAAAUUUAAUUAAAAUAUUUAUACACUUAUGUAUAAGAUGUAAAGAUUAAGAAAUGAGAUUGGGGUACAGAAUUUAGUUGAGAUACAAUUGAAUAAAUAUUUAUUUAAAAAACGUUCAUAAGACGCUUUCCGUGUUUAUAAAACUAUAGUCUACCUAUAGGUACAUAAAAAUUAAAAUUAGAGCUGAUUUGAAGUUAACUUGAAAAAUGAGUAGUCUUAAACUUUUUGGAUUUUGAAAAUCGUCUUAUAAUUAAAUGUUUGAAAUAGUUCAGAAGGUUUAUUAUUCGAUUGUUUUGUUGUUCUGAAAUUUGUUCUUUUGGGAUACUAUUAUUUUAGCAAUAGAAUUGAAUCUUUAAUAAAUAUUUGCCAAAGUCGUAUAACAGCAGAAUUCCGAUCAUUAUAAUGAAAUAUAAAUUACGAUUCUAAAUCACUAGAACUUUUAUAGAGUGAGUCACCUAUCUUGAUUAUUUCAUUUUUUUAUUUAACAAGAAGUUUUCUAUUAAUUUGAAAAACGAAUUUGUUUUUU